CACAUAUACUCACACACACACAUUACAUUCCAACUGCUACUGAGGAAGUUCCACAGAUCACUAGCUGUCUCUCUCUCUCAGACUGAAAAUGCUCGUCCUGUUGGUGUCCACACUGCUCUUCUCAGUUUCCAGAGCUGAGAAGUCUCUGUUUGUGCGUAAGGGAAGCUCUGUUCGUCUGGGUGUGCAGGAAUAUGCAGAUCUCCAGUUUCUCUCCCUUUCCUGGCGUUUCAAUAUCUCCACAGCCAUACUAGAAUACACUUAUGAAGAAAAAUAUCUGAAAUUAUUUAAAUCUUAUGAAAACAGGGCAGAUUUUGAAAAGAACUUCACUCUGCUGCUGAAGAACGUGCAGGAGAGAGACAGUGGGAUCUACACAGCAAAGAUAACUGAUAUUGAAGGAAAGGACAGAGUUGUUGCUUCCUACAGGCUCACAGUUCAAGUGGCCCCGCCCACACCCGAGGUGGGAGUGGGGUUAUUCUCCUCUGCUGGAGGGUUCUGUAUGGUGUCAGUGAACUGCUCUGCUAAAGACACCUGGGCCUGCUACAUCUGUGACCACGCCCACUGCACACAGGUAGCAAAUACAACCUCUCCGACAGGAGUCAACAUCAUCGUCACGGCAACUAAUGGGUCCAUCCACUGCAGCAGCAGUAACCGGGUCGACACAAAGACGCGAUCAGAAUCCAUAAAGGACUUCUGUGCUCCAGUAACACCAUCUCCUGGCCUCUCACCGUGUGUGCUAAAGUCAGUGCUGUUCUCCCUGGGUCUGGUUGCCAUGGUUUCGGCUGUCAUCGCAGUUAAUGCCAGAGAGAGGUGCUGCAGAGAUCAAUCAGGACUGAAGGAUAAAUCUGUCAGAGGGGAGGAGAGAAUUAAUAUCUGAAAUAACUGUGUGUGUGCAUGUGUGUGUGUAUGUGCAUGUGUAUGUGUAUGUAAGUGUGCGUGCUUGCAUGUGUGAGUGUGUGUGUGUGUGUUUUGCGUACGUGUGCGUGUGCGUAUGUGUGCAUGCGUGUGUGCGUGUGUGUUUGUAUCAAAAAACUACAAGCUCAUGAAUGCAUAUAGCUAAAACAAGCAAUCCUAGCAAUGCAGUGCAGUACAUAUUUAAAAUAUUUCACCAGCACCACCCCAACCUUUGGGAGGCAAAACACAAGCACACAAUCAUAUUUGGGGUGAACUGAUAAUUAACUAGUUUGUUCAAGCUUUGCUGUGAUUCAUUGCAAUGCUUUUUAAGCUAUGAUGUGAUCUUAACUGUAUAUUUUAAGUUUUUUGUUUCAAACUUCUAUGUUUUUUAUAUUUGUGAGCUAAAUUCUUCAUGUGCUUUUGGAUUUUUAUGUGUUUUUGGAUUAUGAGCUUUUCAUCCACUCGAGCCAAAGAUGAUUUUCCAUCUGAUGAAAAAUAAAGUUUUCUGAAUCGAAAGUAA